AUGGCACGUCAACCAACACAAGCUGCUAUGUUUAGGGAUUUGUUGAGAGCAGUGCAAGAUCUUGGUAAGCAGCAAACACAAGCGCCUCCACAAAAUGCACAAACUAACUCCAACACUACGAGCUCAGUUGUGGAACAGUUUCGUCGUUACAAGCCCCCUACCUUUAAUGGGAUAGCUGGCCCUCUGGCAGCCGAAGAAUGGAUAAGGGGUUUGGAACGAAUCUUCAAGCAUCUCUCUUGCACCGAUGCCCAAAAGGUUUUAUGUGUAGAGUUCAUGCUAGUUGAUGCAGCUGGCCACUGGUGGGAGUCCGUUUCACGGACUAGAACUGAGGCACAACAACGUAACCUCACCUGGGCACGUUUCAAAGAGGAGGUGAUGGGAAAAUAUUUUCCACAAGCCCUGAGAGAUCGAAAGGAGAUAGAAUUUCUACAACUUAAGCAAGGAAAGAUGGCAUUGCUUGAUUAUGAGAGGAAGUUCGAACAACUUUCCAGGUAUACAACGCAUCUAGUGGAUACAGAGCAAAAGAAAGCUAGAAGGUUCGAACUCAGACUGCGCCCAGAAAUCGGAGGAAUCAUGGCAUCUCAUGAAUUUACUACGUACAGUCAAGUUCUACAACGAGCUCAAGCAAUUGCAAAUCGACUAGGACUCGAUCAAACAACUCAAGAAAGUACUGAAUUUUCAGGAAAGAGGAAAUGA